UAGAGUCAUGAAAUCAGUAUGUCGCGACUCGUUUAGAAAGAGUCGUUCCUGAAUGUAUUUUAUCUAAUGUUUUGAAAAACAGAAAAAUAAACUUCGGUACGGAGAUCUUUAAUGAAACGUGUGUUAGCAGUUUCUGCUUGUGAAGUUGUAUUUACUUCCUUGUAAAUAUGUAAUUAUAAUCAAUUUAUUAGCUUCAUAAUUUUAAAUGGAUUCUUCAGUAUUUGAAGUCUCUCACAGCAGCACUGGAACUCCAACAAUAAGUCGAAUACCAGCACCAACAUGGAACACCACUGCACCUCUGAAGAAUAUUCCAAUCGAUUCAAAUCUAGCAUGGUUACUUUGUGCUCUAUCUUUGGCCAUGAGCUGGGUUAUAUAUAUAACAUAUUACAACUCACGCGUAAUUGGUUAUAUUUUAACAAAGGUUUUGAAUCGUUUUUCAAAGCAUGGAUACAUUAAAGUUGGUUCAUUGUCUAUUUCUAUAUUGUCUGGGAAGGUAAUGUUUCGAGAUGUCGCAUACAUAAAUGAAGACUGUACUUGGAGAGCUCAAGAUGGCUGGAUAAUAUUUCGGUGGUGGUAUCCUUAUGUUCGCAAAGAAAUCAGUGAAGAUUUGUCCCAUUCUGAUACUAGACUGUCAUUACUUUUAAAUGGUUUUGAACUUCAUGUCUAUAACCGAUCACAAUUAUAUUCUCGUUUGGAGCACUUGUUUGGAUUAGAGCCCUCCAUAAUACCACCUGGAUCAGAGCCAUACUGGCAAGAUUCUGGUGGUGAGGGUGAUACGCAAGCACCUACAGAAAGGCAUGAAAGUGUGCAAGUUGCAAAAUAUGAAUGGAGAGAUUUAAUACCUGUUAUAAAAGCUGAAAUUUCUACGGGUCGAAUAGUAUUUGGAAAUCGUUUGUUACCUACAACACUUUCAGUAAAUUUUGAAGAAGCUCAUAUCAUUUAUACUACCAAGCCAGCUCCUUCUCGGUUAGAUCAGUUUACCCAUAUUGCAAAAUGUAAAGCUGAAAAUUUCAAAGUAAUUUUAGCUCCUAGUCCUAAAUAUACUGGUCUGAGCGAUGAGCCUCCACGGUAUAUGGGUGAAGGAUUCGUAGUUUUUCAAUCAAAUUUUGUUGAUUUAUACUACUACCAAGAUGAACCAGGUAUUGUUACUGCUGAACCAGAAAUGGUUGAGCUGGCUGAUGGUGAUGUUGUGCAGCGUUCAACUGCUCCAUUAUGGGGAUUAGAUAUUAAAUGUGGCAAAGGUACUGAUUUCAGUUAUGGACCUUGGGCUGACAGACAGAGAGAACACUUGUAUAAAUUCUUUUUUCCUCAGGAUUAUCAAACUCUUGGAGUAACAAAGCAAAGUAAUGUUGGGGAAAAGAGGCUGUGUGAAAGCUUUGACAUUCGACUAAGUACUUUGUCAGAAGCAACAAUUGAUAUUUUAUUUUCAAAAGAAAAGGUUAGUAGUCUUUAA